AUGUUCUCCCGAAGCCUGAGGUCAACAAUAACCCCACCUUGCUCGCCCUUCGCUUCUCGUCCCCUCUUCUCCAUCCCCAAUUGCAACCAAUCUUCCUUCCUCUCUCUUCGUUCUUUCCAUCAAACAUCCGCAGCCAUGUCUGGAAACACCAAGGCCUUCUUCGACAUCCAGUACGCCCCUGUGGGCUCCAGUGCCCCCAAGACGGCUCGUGUCGUCUUCAACCUCUUCGAGAAGGACGUCCCCAAGACCGCCAAGAACUUCCGUGAGCUCUGCAAGGCUCCCCAGGGCCAGGGCUACAAGGGUUCUUCCUUCCACCGUAUCAUCCCCCAGUUCAUGCUCCAGGGUGGUGACUUCACCCGUGGCAACGGCACUGGUGGUCGCUCCAUCUACGGUGAGAAGUUCGCCGAUGAGAACUUCAUCUACCGCCACACCAAGCCCGGUAUCCUCUCCAUGGCCAACGCUGGUCCCAACACCAACGGCUCCCAGUUCUUCAUCACCACCGUUGUCACCUCUUGGCUCGAUGGCAAGCACGUUGUCUUCGGUGAGGUUGCCGAUGAGGAGUCCUUCAAGGUCGUCAAGGAGAUCGAGGCUCUCGGCAGCUCCUCCGGCUCCGUCCGCUCCAACAUCAAGCCCACCAUCGUUGACUGCGGUGAGCUGUAA